AUGCCUUCACAUAGUUCUCUGAUUGUUUUAAUUACUACUAAGGAUGACAGAACCUCAUUCACGCAAGGACUUGCAAAGUAUCAAUCUGAUCAAAAUGUUUUUCAAAUUAUUAGAUGGAAACAUUUUUAUCCAUUUGGUAAACCUCGGUUAGAAUUCUUUCCGGGUGAUAUACUGCUUUUUACAGGCAAAUUCAUGAUCGAGGAUGGAAUUGAAUAUAUGACGGUUGCUUAUGCUAAUAUAGUAGGUAUUGGUGAUCCUGAAGAUCCUUUCAAAGCUGAUGAAAUUCCUAAUUUGGAAGCCCGUGUAUAUAAUUCAUUUACGACUCGCGAG